CCGACUGACUCUUGGCGCAGCGACGAUUCGGCUCCAUCGCGGUCGCGGUCGCGGGCAGCGGAGGAGGAGGAUUUGACUUCUGCUUUGAAUUCGCAGACGUUUCUGCGAGCUGUGGUUCCGCAUACACGUUGGAAGAUCUGUCGAAUUUCAUCUCAACGAUCCUCGCACAGCGACGCAGUGCCGACCUCGAAGGGAGCGGUGGAAUUGGGUCCAGUGUCUGCAGGUUGGAGGAAAAGGAAAAUUUGUCAUCUGGGAACUCUGAUCUGUGUGGACUGCUUGGUGGGGUUCUGCGUGGAGAGAUGCGGGUCGGCCCCUAAGGACGUCCUGAGGUCGGAGGUUUUGCAGAUUGUCGGUCGAUGGCCACGCAGUUAGAGAAUUCUGCGUCGAGGAAUAGAUCCUUACAGAUGGAUACGAUGGUCUUUACCAGGGCGCUUGUACUUUGCUUAUGCGUCACCCCUUAUUUAUUUCUGUUGUCCGCAGCGACACCGAUCAGAAACUUCACAUCAGCACCUCAUUCCCUAGGACUUGUAGAUUUACACACUGAGAAAGGCUUCGCAACUGUUUUGUCUUUGAAACGAAAUGGCAACACUUCUCGAUCGCUUAUGGAAAGGAGGAUGCUCGUAGGCGAUGCACAUAUGCCCCUGCACGACGAUCUUCUCACUAAAGGGUACUACACCAGCAGCCUCUUCAUCGGUACACCCGCACACGAGUUUGCGCUCAUAGUGGACACGGGGAGCACCGUCACAUACGUUCCCUGUUCAACCUGCACGCACUGCGGGAGUCAUCAGGAUCCAAGUUUCAAGCCUGAUGCGUCAAGCACGUACGAAAUCAUCAAAUGUACGUCACCCAGCUGUCAAACUGGGCUCUGCGACAAAGAUAAACAAUGUAAAUAUGAAAGGCAGUAUGCGGAGUCGAGUACAAGUGCAGGAGUAUUGGGAAAAGACAUAAUAGGAUUCGGUGAUGCUAGUAACCUUGGCAAACCGAAGCUUAUGUUUGGAUGCGAGAACGACGAGACUGGAGAUCUGUAUUAUCAAAAGGCUGACGGUAUUAUGGGUCUCGGUCGAGGACCUUUGAGUAUCGUGGAUCAGCUAGUACAAGAGAAGGAUAUGGCAGAUGUGUUUUCGUUGUGUUACGGAGGAAUGGAUGAUGUUGGAGGUGCCAUGAUCAUGGGUGAUUUUCCUCGCCCUAAGAGCAUGAUUUUCACUGCUUCAAGUCCUUAUCGCAGUCCGUACUACAACAUCGUCCUGAAGCAGAUCAAGGUGGCGGGAACGCCUCUUCCUGUAGCCGAGAGUGUGUUCGAUGCACGAUUCGGGACUGUGCUCGAUAGUGGCACCACAUAUGCAUAUCUUCCCGAAACUGCUUUUGUGGAGUUCAAGAAGGCGGUGUUCCAACAGUUGGGCAAACUACAACCAGUGGCAGGUCCUGAUCCGAUGUACGAGGACUUCUGUUUUGCAGGUGCUGGCAGUAAACCAGCGGAGUUAACGAAGUUCUUCCCAACCGUUGAUCUUGUAUUUGGAGAGGGGAAUAUCUUGUCUUUGGCACCAGAGAACUACCUAUUUCGGCACACGACAGUCCCAGGAGCGUACUGUCUUGGUGUUUUUAAAAAUGAAAAUGACCACACAACACUUCUUGGAGGAAUAUUUGUACGAAAUAUGCUUGUGACUUACGACCGCGAAAGCAAGAAAAUCGGGUUUUGGCGCACUAAGUGCACGGAUCUCUGGACUCACUUGACUGCUGCCAUGAAUGGUGAAGAGGAUUCAGCUCCUCCGCCACCCAAGGCUGAACCACCUCCACCACCAGUUGAACAAGCACCAAGCAACGGAGACGAAAAUCAAGAUAGCUCCUCCGCCACCCAAGAUUCUCCUUCCACCGAUGAUUUGCCAAUAACAGAUCCGCAUAUCGGAGGAGUUGAGUUAAAUAUGUCAGUCAACUCGAAUUAUACAACCUUUGCUGCCCUUUCAGGCGCAUUUCUGACAGACAUGGCCCGUGAUCUUGAGCUUGAUCCCAAGCAGGUGAAACUGCUUGCUUAUGAAGAGCAAGGAGAGGAUGUCGCUGUGACUUGCUCAGUCAGGCCACCCUCUGGCUCUCCUCUUCCAGGAAGUAUCGUUCAGAGAAUAAUCGUGCGCCUGAAGGACCAUCAAGUGCGGUUGCACGAUCUUGGUUCCUACAACCUUGUCAACUGGCGGUUGAUACAGGAGGACGAGAGGUCAUCGUGGUGGGACAGCCACAGAGUGGAGUCUGCCGUGUUGAUUUCUGCAUUCGUUGUCGUUCUAGCGUCUGGAAGUCUGGUUUAUUGGUACUUUUCGAGAUUCAGACACAGCAGGACCGGGCAGGUGAAAUACGUCACCGUAGAUGCUCUUGGUGAUGAUGGUCCGAACCAGCUUUGAGACCUGACUCAUUAUUCUGGAUUCUGUGUACAUGAUACAUUCUCUCAUUAUAUGUAGGCUCUACCUGCAACUAAAUUAUUUGUUCCCUGUAGUAGAUCGAUCUCUCAUGAAGCCUUCUUCUUGUCAAAGACUAUCCGUUCUAUUCUGCAUGAUGGAAAGUUUUGUGGGCAGUUUCUAAGGCAUAGCUAUGCGGCAAUUGCCGCAAGAACCAGAUGUCUGUAGCGCGAGAAACUACAGACUCUACUUGUGAGGGUUUAAAGACCACGAUUUUAUCAGAUGAAGAAUUUUCUCUGUAAUUUGAAAACUCAAGAGUAUGACCAUCGCAGAGGAAGGUCAUUUCAAGUUGAUAAAAGGAUUUCCGAUCCAGGUUCAUCUC